UAUAAAAUAGGAGAGCCAUGCGAAAAGAUUCGAAUUGUAUGUUUUUUUUUAUUUGUCUGCAGUUUUCUGUUUUGAAUAGUCUGUAUUCGAACGCUAUUUUGAAACCUAAGCAGGUUAUUUGUUUGGAAAAGCUGUUCCUUGGCGUGGAUAUAUUGGCAAUUCUACCAACCGGUUAUGGCAAGUCCUUAAUUUACCAGCUUUUGCCUUUGAUGCUGUUCGCUAAAAGAGCAUUGGAAGAACGUACAAAUCAGCAACUUUGUACGGAUGAAGUGACCUCUGUGCUGCUUGUGAUAUCUCCAUUGAACGCUUUAAUAAACGAUCAAGUUCGAAAGUUAUGUGCGAUAGGACUUAGAGCAUCGGCGAUAAAUAUUCAGCCACAACAAAAUAUUGACGAUGAAAUCGAUUGUGAUGUAACUGAACUUGAACAAAAAACGAAGCUGAUCAAAGGAUAUUAUAAUUUGUUGUUUGCUCAUCCUGAAGCGCUAAUAUCAAGCAAGUUUGGAAAAGAACUAGUGAACAGCGCUAUAUACCAAAAACAUGUUUGCGCUAUUGUAAUCGAUGAAGCCCACUGCAUUCUUGAAUGGGGAGAUGAUUUCAGACAAGAUUAUGCAAAGCUAAGUGUGUUGUGUGCUGUCUUUCCAAAAGUACCACUUCUGGCUAUGACGGCUACAGCAAAUAAAAGUGACCGAAGGCAGAUUAAGGAAUCACUUGGCCUGCAUAGUUGUUUUGAAUUGAUUGCAAACCCCAACAGAAAAAACAUCUUCUAUGAAAAGACAUUCAGAUAUGGACAAGAUAUUGAUGCAUUUGAGCACAUUUGCAGACCAAUUGCAGUCGAUUUGCUACAUAUGAAAAUCGAUUUCCCGUUGACUAUUAUAUUAUGCCACUUCGAUGGUGUGGGUUUGUAUACCGACUAUUUGAAACCAUACUUGGUAUAA